AUGAGUGAAAAAGAAAGUUAUGAAGACUCGCUUUCCAGAUGUGAUUUACAAUCAAAGGUUGGGUAUUUUACGAGAAAACAAGCUGAUCAAGUUGAAACGCUCCUAAGCCCACGAAACGCCAUCCCAUUCCAACUCCUAGUGCAAAAUAUGAUUUAUACGCCCAAGAGGCGCCUACCCAGUCGCACUCAAAGUGCAAGAUUUGAGAGAAGAAACAAUCAACAGGAUGCUAAAUACGAAAGUGCCACUUCGCGGGAUAUUCCCACAGUUGCUUAUAAGCCCAAGAGGCACCAACCCAGUCGCACUCAAAGUGCAAUAUAUGAAGCAAGGAACUUUUCUGACAGCAAACUUGCAGAGAAAUUAGAAUCAUUCUCAAUCUAUGAAAAAAAGCCCUGGUCGGAGCAUGACCUCGAAGUGUUUCAGAGACCUUUAUGUCUUUUAAGUGCCGGCGAUAAAAACGUUCUUCAAGUGGACCAAAGUGUCCUUGAACAAUUAAGUAUAAUCGACUUGCCUUGCGUUAUUGUUGCUAUAGUUGGUCUUUAUCGCACUGGAAAAUCAUAUCUGAUGAAUCGUCUAGCAAACGAUGACAAAGGAUUUGCUCUCGGCAGUACGAUUCAGUCUAAAACAAAAGGAAUUUGGGUGUGGUGUAAAAGACAUCCCAGAAUUGCAGACACAAUUCUUGUUCUUCUCGACACCGAGGGCUUAGGGGAUGUCAGAAAGGGUGACCCAAGUCAUGACAAUCGUAUCUUCACUUUGGCGACUUUGUUAUGCAGCACAUUGGUUUACAAUAUGAAAGGGGCUUUUGAUCACGAUUCAGUGAAUAAACUUACCUUUGUAUCCGAGAUUGCCAAAAACAUUCGCUUUGGGGGUCGAUGCGAUGAAAACAAUAGCAUGUUAACGUCCAUUUUGCCGGGAUUUGUGUUGGUGUUGAGGGAUUUCUCAUUAAAAUUGGAAAGCGAGGGUAAGGAUAUUACAGAAGAUGAAUACUUGGAGAUAUGUCUUGAAAACGACGAUUCGCUUGGGGAAGAUUUUAACAAACCUCUGGAAUCCAUUAAAAGGUUUUUUCCUUCUGAUAAGCGAAAAUGCUUUGCACUUCCUGUCCCAGGAGAUGUAGAAGUUCUAGAAAAGUUGGAGAAGCUUCAAUUUCAUGAACUAUCGAAGAGAUUUCAAGACACCACAUCAGAGUUUGUGGAAUUUAUCUUCAAUCAAGAACCAAAAGAGCAUAUGUCAAGCAAGCCUGUUACGGGAUCUAUGUUGGCUGUUUUGAUCAUUCAUUAUGUAGACGCUUUCCAACAAGGCGCUGUUCCAGAUGUGUCAAAUGCAUAUAAGGUUGUUGAAGAAAUCGAAAAUACGAAGGUGAAACACGCGGCAUUAGCAUGGUUUGAGGAAGAACUAGUUGACAAGAAAAUACCGGUUCCUUACAGGGAACUUGAAUUCCAUUUUCAAAGCGUACAAUGUACUGUACUUAAAUAUGUACGAGACAAUACCAUGUCGGACACAACACAUAACGUCGAAAAAGAUGUUCAGUCUUACAUGGAAAUGGUAUGGGUAAAAAGAAAUUUUGAGAAUGAGCAACAUAUUAUCAAAUACUGUAAGAACAGUUUGGAAGCGAUGCAAUCAAAGUGUGAGCUGAUCGAUGGUAUUCAGAAUCAAACGUAUGCGGUUGUCGGGGGUCACAUACAGUUCAAACGUGAUUUAGAACAAGUCCGAAAGCAGUAUCAUUCAACAAUGGAAAAUAAAGGAUAUGAGGACAGAGAGGUGUAUAUCUUAACGGUAAUAACCUGGAGUUCGUUUCUGCAGACUCUGACAGAGGCUGAGAUGAAAAUUAUGCAGUUAGACGACUCAUUGUCAGAGGCAGAAAAAAAACGGGAAAAAGAGGAACACAAGCAAGAAAUGCAAAGAAUAGUAUACGAUAUGGAAGAACAGAAGAAACAAUUACUCCAAGAACAGGCCGAAACUUACAAAGCAUUGCAGAAAAAGAUUGAGGACGAACGAGACAAACACAACCAGGAACACCAAAAGAAAAUGACCGAUAUCAUACAAAAGUUGGCGGAUCUUGAGACAGAUAAUAACGAAAGAAUUUUUUUACAACAAAAACUUCUACAAAUGAAAGAAGAAGAAAAAGAGAGAAUAAAAGAGGAAAAGCAAUGGCGAAUUGACGAUCAGCGAAGACGAGAUGAGAACGAACGGGAAAGACAGGAACAUUGGCGACAAUGGCAAAGAGAUGAAAGAGAACGACAGGAGACAAAUAAUAAACAAAUGCUAGAUUUUAUGCAGAAUAUACAAAAGGAAAACAAGGAAAAAGAGUUUGAGUUGAAUAGAUUAAAGGAAGAAAAUGAAAACAAAGAAAAGGAAAGGAAAUCGCUUGGAUUUUUUGGUAAGCUAGCUUAUGGUUUCAGAGAUAAGCUCUAA